ACUCGUUGUUGGUGGCGACAAAAAUGGCCGACAUGUAAUCGACUUAUACAUGCGGAAAUAAAGCAGUACCAAAACCUUUGAAAUCUUCCUCAAGGACCAUUGAUGUUUAAAUUUUGCAACAAAAAGAAGUUUUUAGUGUGAAAGAUUAACUGAUGGGUAAAAAUAAAAGACAGAGGAAGAAGGCAAAGAUAAUGAAAAAUAUGAAGGAAAACGAAAACCACCUCCAUGUCACACCAGUUGAAAAGAGUACUGAUCGCAAGAAAUAUAAACAAGAACCUACUGAUAAAUCUUUUUCAGACAGGGCACAUAAAAAAAGUCCAAUUCGUAAAAACAUGGAUAGUCGUAGUUUGACCGAAGACGUGAAUGGAAAAGAUGACUCCUAUACGACCAAGAAUGAAGUCGGAAUGAGUAAACAAAAUGAUACAUGUGCAGCUGAUUUUGACAACAGUAAACAGAGUGAACAAGGGGUAUUCACAGACCAGGAGGAUGAAAUCGAUACUGUCCAUCCUUUGAUCACACAAAGCACAAAUGAAUAUAAUAAAAAUGAAGAAGAACCAAAGGUUAAGGAAAGCACCCCUACUUCCGAUGAAAGUAAUUGUCAGCAUUCCGAUGAAAAUGAACACACAAGGAGUGAUGACUCCAGAUUAGACAACACUAAGACAGAAAGCUUGACUACCUUAACAGAAUCUCAUACCACAGAGCAAGAUUGCGAAGACAAGAUCGACGAUGAUCAAAAUAAGAGUGGUGACACUGAACGACAUUUGAAACAAACUAAAAGUUGUCAAAUCAUGCAAGGUGAUGAUCUUCAUCUAACUCCAGAUGGUACAGAGAACAAUGACCAGAAACAAGAUAACUUUGGUGAUAUCCACCACAACAAACAAAACACUGCAACUAAGCAUACCAUGGAUGACAAAAACAUUCCAGAGAAAGUAUAUAAUGGCCCAUUUGAGUUUAAUGACAAUGCUGGUGGCUUUAAAGCUAAAAAACAAGUCAAAGUCCGUGAGAAUUCAAAUGAUACAACAGAUGACUCUUUAUCCAAGAUUUCUAUUACAGAACAAGCUUACUGGAAUACUGGGGAUAAUAAAGAAAAUCACGAUGAUGGGGGUUUUAUCAAUGAAAAUACAUCUGAAAAGGGAAACGGGCAAAAUAUGAAUGGACAUAUUCGGCACCCAAGAGAUGAUUUAGAUAAAGCAAUCACCGUAAACGAUCCAGGUAGAAUUGAUUUUGACAAUGGUGAUCAGAAUCAACAAGGACAAAGUCAAGUGGAAUCUACCGACCAGGAGACGGCUUACGUAACUUUUCAUUCUUCGAUCACACUUUGCACAAUUGAAAAUAAUCAAAAUGAAGAAGAACUGAAGAAGAAUGAAAACAUCCUUAUUUCAAAUAAAAGUAGAUAUCAGCAUUCUGAAGAAAACGAUCACGAUGGAACCAUUGGCUCAAAAGUAGACAAAACUGACACGAAAACCUUUCCAACCGUUAACACCGAAACUCUGAUCACUAGAGGAGAUGGCGGAGAUAAGAGCGACGAUGAACAAGAUAAGAGUGAUGAUUCUGAACGACAUUUAACUAACAGUUGCCUCAACAUGGAAGGAGAUUAUCUAUCUCUAGCUCCAGAAUGCCCACAGAGUAAUGACCAAACACAAAAUAACGUUGCUGAUAUCCAACACAACAUAGCAAAUACUACACCUAGACAUACCAUAAUAAGUGACGAGCAGUUUUCUGGUACAGGCAGUAAAACAAAUAUUGACCAGAAUAAUCAGGGACAAAAUAAAUAUAGCCAACCAACUAAAAUGAAUCAUAUGACCGUGUACAGCGAAAGUUCGACAACUUUACAAUGUAUCGACCAGCCGUCAACAUUUAUCCAAAAUGAAAUGAAAGGUGGUAGCAGUGAUGAUUUCCUGGGUGACAACAAUACUUCAGAGAAAGGGAAUAAUGGCCCAUCUGAGAUUGAAAACAUUUAUGGAGACUUUAUACAGAAAGGAAUUCGCAACCAUGUACAAACAAAGUUUGAGUCGAUCGAUAAUCUUACUAAAGAGAAUAUAGGGAAUGACGAUGAUGGAAGUAUCUCUGAAAAAGAAAACGGAAAAAACAUAAAUGGACAUGUUCAGCAACCAAGAGAAGAAUUAGGCAAGGCAGUCAACAAAGACAUUAUUUUGCUUAAAACACAAUUGGAUUCAUUAAAAGAGGAAAGUGAAAGUAUAAAAGUACAAAUUCAACAGUCUGUUGAAGAAACUAAAGAAGCAUUCCAUCAAGAAUUGAAAACCCUUCAACAACAACUAGAAUCAGUAACACAAGAAAAAAUUGAUUUGUCAGAAUGCAAAUGCCAACUUGAACAGGGUCUAAAACGUGAAAAAUACGAGCUUGUUGAAUGGAAAGAAAAGGCAAUUAAAUUAGAAAGUGAAAAAGUAGAGAGAGAUCGACGGGAACAAAAACUUGAGAAAGUCAUUGAAGAUCUCAGAGGAUGGAAAGAAGAGUCAGUCACUCAAGAAGAUGUUAUGACUGAAAGUUGGAAAGAAAUUAAAGAGAAGACUGACUUGAGGCUAACAUCAUUCGAAGUAGAAUUGAUUUCGGCUCGCCAAGAAAAAGAAAAAUUUCUCGAGGAUAAAAAUCAACUUGAAGAACAAUUAUUACAAGUGAAUGACGAAUUGGAAAGAUGGAAACAAAAUAAUGCCCGUCUGGAAAGUCAACAAGCACAAAGUCAACAGUCCAUGGAAGAAACUAAAAACUCCAUCCAGCAGGAGUUGGCAAACCUUCAACAACAAUUAGAAUCAGCUAAAGAAGAAAAUUUUAAUUUAUUAGAAGGCAAAAAUCAGUCGGAACGGGAAUUGGAAACUGUGACAGGCGAGCUUGAUGAAUCUAGAGAGAAAACGAAUGAAUUGCAAAAUCAAAAUGAAGAAAUUCAGCAAUCUUUAGAAGAAACUAAACAUUCCCUGCAUCAAGAGUUGUCAUCACUUCAAAACCAACUAGACUCUGCUAAACAAGAAAACUCAAAUAUACAAGAUGAGAAACAUCAGCUUGUCCACGAACAACAGCUCCUCAGGAAAGAAUUCGAGGAAUGUAAAGCGAAGCUAUCUCAGUUGGAAAACCGAAAAGAGCAACUUAAUAUAUCUACUAAAGUCAUCGAAGAUACCAUAAAACAAGAGUAUUCAUCAAUUCAAAGGCAUCUAGAAUCAAAUGGAAGUGAGGGACAGGAUUAUACAAGAUUAAGUGAUGACAAGGAUCGGCUUGAAGAAGAAUUGAUGCAUGUUAAUAGCGAACUUGACGAAAUGAAAGAAAAAGUAGUGGAGCUGGAAAAUGUAAAAGGAGAAAAAGAUCAAUUGGAACAAGAACUUGACAGAAUGAGAGAAAUAGCAGGCCAGCUAGAAUCUAUGAAAGAGGAAACCGAAAGGUACCGGGCACAAUAUCAACAGAUCAAUGACCAGUUGAGGACCACUGAACAACAACUGGAACAAUCAUAUCAAGAAUGCGAAGGACUGUCUGCAGAUCUUGCCAGAAAAGGUGAAAAAGAAGAACACUACCGAUAUAUAGAAACAAUGGUUGUCACAUUAGGAAGAGAAAAGGAAAGUCAUCUCAGAGAGAUACAAGAACUGAAGACUAAAGUCGAUUUAGUAGAAGAGGUUUUAAGCAGUUUGAAAGAGGAGAAAAAAAGAAAAGACGAAACAAUCAAACAACUAAAAGCUGACGUGCAGGUCAAGGAGGAAAACAGCCAUCAGAUCAAAAGACAAUAUGAAGCUGGUAUUGAACAACUUCGAACUAUGGGACGGUCACGAGAUUCAGAAAUAGAAACACAGAAAAGAGAAAUUGCAAGAAUAACCUCACAAAAGCAACAGUUAGAAGAAAAUAUAUUCAAGACAAGUAUAGAAUUAAAGACAAAGCAGAGUGAGUUACAACGGGAACAAUUGGAACUUAACAACACAAGAAAUACUCUCACUCAGUAUGCGGAGGCUAUAAAGAAAAUGAAUUCACAGGUUCAGUCAAAGGAUAAAGAGAUCGAAAUUAUGCAAGAAGAGGUAAAUAAAAUAAGAAUAGAAAGCCGUGAAUUUCAGUUAAAAUAUCGAGAUCUACCCCAGAAGGAGGCCAACUUUAAGGUUAUUGAGAAUUCAAACCGGUUCCUUAUAGAGGAAAAUGCUCAACUUCAAGAAAGAAUCAGGUCAUUUGGUCCCUUUGAAAGGACAUUACAUUAUUUACGAGAGGAAAAUUCAAGACUUUCAUGGGAAGGUCAAAGAUAUCAAGAAAGAAUUUCUUUUAUGGAGCAAAAGUAUCGAGACCAGACGUACAGUAUCCAACAACUUAAUGAAGAGGUGCAGGUUUUCAGGGGUCACCGAAUAGAACUUAAGCGUCAGUUACAUCAAAAGACAGAUGAAGCUGAAAGUGUGAGCCGUCGACUCAAGGAUACAUUGGAAAAGAAAGAAAAUUUAGAGAAAGAAUUAUUAGAUACACAAGAAAAGAAAGAAAAUUUAGAGAGGGAGCUUCAAGGUGAAAAUCCCGAAUCUCAGAACUUUGGUGAUUCUCAUGGACCAGAAGGACAUAAUGUUCAAGCUAUUCCAGGCCAGCAUAGUGGCAGAGGCAGAUUAAUAAGAAGAACUUAGUACUUACAGUCUAUGUGGUUCUUGAAACGGAUAUCGUCAAUGUGAAAUACAUUUUUAAUAUCACAAGAUAUACAAUUAACAAUGAGUUGAAAAGAAAUUUAUAUUAAGAUAUUUUCAGCGCAUUCUCCUUCAAUUUUUCAUAUUUUUAAUUUGUUUAUAACGUAAAUGCUUCAAUAUAUUCAAUGGAAUUAGUUUAAUAUCAUAAAACACUAUCGAACUCUUGUUUCAUUUAGAUUCCUUGUGGUGCAACGUUGUUUGCAUAUCUUAUUGAUUUUUUGUCACAUCUUUCUUGCUCUAACAAGGGACCAUGAAUCCGAAUCUGAUAGACAUUCGUCAGGUAUCAUUUUCAUUUCCAAACUUUUCCCAAGAUAAUUCAGACAUAAUUAUAAAAUAUUGGGAAAACAAACUACACUGUUCAUCUCAGCUUCAGGACACAGAGUUAUACUGAAUAAAAAUCAAACUGACACAGAUAUCCCCUCAUUAAGUAUUACAGAUAUCCUUACAGAUAUCCCCUCAUUAAGUAUUACAGAUAUCCUUACAGAUAUCCGAAAUGAUUUUCAAUCUUUUUAUGUAUUAUGACCAUUUAUUUAUAUAUCUUGCAUACAGCAUACAAUAUACAUGGGAUAAUCCGUAUUUCUUAUUUUCUAACCAUUAAAAAUAUUCUAUAAUACAUAUAAUGUGUGUAUAAUUAAUGUAGCUUUGCUUAAUAUAUUAUCAAUAAAAUUACACAAAAGUUUUGAUAUUUU